AAAGUGAAUUCAGUUGAAAAAAGCGCGCUGUGUGAACCGGGCAUCAACAUUUUUUAGCGGUUUAUUUUCAACAGAAAAAGACAAAUAAAUAAAAAGUCACCAGUCAAACAAACCACCUCAUUGUAAAUACAAUACUUUUUGUGAGAUCAAAGGAUAAAGUGUGAAAACAAGAACAAAAUAAAAAUACAAACUAUAGAUAAAGCGAAAACAAAAGCAAAAGAAAAGCAAAACGAUAGCCAAGCAAAAGACCAUACCAUGGCCAUAGAGUCACGCUCUACGGGCACUACAAGUGAUACCAUUAAACCCGCCAUUAAAUCAACAAUAAGUCAAAAAUCUCCAGUGGCACUCAACAAAAGACUGGCUGAGCAGCUGUUCCGUUGCGCUUGCGCCAAUUUUAACCUUCUUCUACUGACGCUGAUUCUUGGAUUUGGCAAAUGCUGCUCUGCCACGCCCAUUCCGCUGAGUACGCCCUCAACAUCCACAUCUGCAGCUAGCCCACAUAGUCCACAUAGUACACAGCCGAUUGACGAGGGCGGAUCGCUGAGCAAACUGCUCGAUGGCAAGGCCUUCAUCAACAUGGGCUUCAAGUUUCUGAAUGUCUCCGGAAAGAUUGGCACCCCCCUCGGCAUAGGGCAAUCUCUGGAGGCCAAGUGCGAUGAGAAGCAGUUCCAGUGCCGGAGUGGCGACUGCAUUCCAAUUCGAUUUGUGUGCGACGGCGAUGCGGAUUGCAAGGAUCACAGUGAUGAGCAGAUUAAAGAGUGCAAGUUUAUAGAGGCCACUUGCUCGUCGGACCAAUUUCGCUGCGGGAAUGGCAAUUGCAUACCGAACAAAUGGCGCUGCGAUCAGGAGAGCGAUUGUGCAGAUGGCUCCGACGAAGCCAACGAAUUGUGCAUGAACGCCUGUCCCAACAACGAGUUCAAAUGCCAAACGGUCGACCAGUGCAUUCCGCGUAGUUGGCUCUGCGACGGCAGCAACGAUUGCCGCGACAAGUCCGAUGAGGCGCACUGCAGAGCCCGCACCUGCUCACCGGAUGAAUACGCCUGUAAGAGUGGUGAGGGGCAAUGUGUUCCUUUGGCCUGGAUGUGCGACCAGAGCAAGGACUGCAGCGAUGGCUCCGAUGAGCACAACUGCAAUCAGACCUGCCGCGCCGACGAGUUCACCUGCGGAAAUGGGCGGUGCAUCCAGAAGCGGUGGAAGUGCGACCACGACGACGACUGUGGCGACGGAUCGGACGAGCGGGAGUGUCCGGUGGUUCCCUGCGAUUCCGUGGCGGAGCACACCUGCACUAAUGGGGCCUGCAUUGCCAAACGGUGGGUCUGCGACGGGGAUCCGGACUGCUCCGAUGGCUCCGAUGAGCGGUCCUGUGCGAAUGUGACCAAGACGACCACGCCCUGCUUGCCGCACGAGUACCAGUGCAAGGACCGCAUCACCUGCCUGCACCACAGCUGGCUCUGCGACGGUGACCGCGACUGUCCAGACGGCGACGACGAGCAUACGGCCAACUGCAAGAACGUGACCUGCCGGGCGGACCAGUUUCAGUGCGGAGAUCGCAGCUGCAUUCCCGGUCAUCUCACCUGCAACGGAGAUAAGGACUGUGCCGAUGGCAGCGACGAGCGGGACUGCGGACUGAGCCUCAGUUUGGGUGUCGCCCAAGGAGGCUGCAACACCACCAGUGAAUUCGAUUGCGGCGGAGGUCAGUGCAUUCCGCUGUCGAAGGUCUGCGAUAAGCGAAAGGACUGUCCGGAUGGCGAAGACGAGCCAGCUGGAAAAUGUGGCGUGAACGAGUGCGCAUCGAAGAACGGAGGCUGCAUGCAUCAGUGCGUGGAUCUGAAGGUGGGUCACCACUGCGAAUGCCACGAGGGCUACAAGUUGUCCCCCGACAAGCGCAACUGCCAGGACGUCAACGAGUGCGACAUCCCGGGCAAGUGCUCACAGAUAUGCGUGAACGAAAUCGGAGGCUUUAAGUGCGAGUGUGAAGCGGGCUAUAUGAGGGAUCCCAGAAAUCACACGAGAUGCAAGGCCAGCGAAGGACAUGCCUCACUCCUCCUGGCCAGACGGCAUGAUAUCCGGAAGAUAGCCCUCGAUCACAUGGAAAUGACCUCCAUAGUGAACAGUACAAAGGCAGCCACUGCCCUGGACUUUGUCUUCCGCACGGGCAUGAUCUUCUGGAGCGAUGUGACCACGCAGAGUAUAUAUAAGGCGCCAAUAGACGAGGGCAACGAUAAGACAGUGGUGCUGACCAAGUCCUCGGUGACCUCGGAUGGCCUGGCUGUGGACUGGAUUUACAACCACGUCUACUACACGGACACGCACAAGUGCACCAUCGAACUGACCAACUUCGAGGGCAGCAUGGGCAAGGUCCUGGUGGAGGACUCUCUGGACAUUCCGCGUUCCAUCGCCCUGGAUCCCAUCGAGGGCUGGAUGUACUGGUCCGACUGGGGCGCCUCUCCUCGCAUCGAAAGGGCGGGCAUGGAUGGCUCACACCGCACCACCAUUAUCAGCUACGACGUCAAGUGGCCCAACGGCAUCACCCUGGAUCUGGUGCGAAAGCGCAUCUACUGGGUGGACGGAAAGCUCAAUGUCAUCUCCUCCGCCAACUAUGAUGGGUCACAGAGGAGCCAGGUGCUCUACUCCGGCGAGUACCUGCGACAUCCCUUCUCGAUCACCACCUUCGAGGACUACGUCUACUGGACCGACUGGGACAAACAGGCCGUCUUCAAGGCCAACAAGUUCACCGGGGAAGAUGUGGAGCCCGUCACAGCAGUGCAUAUGCUCCAACAUCCCAUGGUGGUGCAUGUGUACCACCCGUACCGCCAACCCGACGGUGUUAACCAUUGCCAGUCGGUCAAUGGCCACUGCUCCCAUCUCUGCCUGCCAGCUCCCAGGAUUAACGAGAGGAGUCCCCGCAUAUCCUGCGCCUGUCCCACGGGUCUGAAACUGAUGGCCGACGGCCUUAUGUGCGUCGAGGAUCCUCUUUACGUCGCUCCCUUCACAAAAUCCCCGCGAGCCCGCAAAACGAAACCGAGGCCGAAAUUCCCACGCCGGCGAUUGCCCACGGGUGUCCAAGUGGGACAAGCUAACAUUCGGAUAGGACUUAACGAUGAUCUCCAGCUGAGCACAAGGCUGCCCCUUUUGGCGACGACUUUUGUUGCCGACCAGCGUCCAGUGAAGAACCAGACCCAAAUCGAAAAGACCACAACGCCCAGCGAGCAGCCGGAUUCCGGCUUCAUUGCGCUGGUGGUUAUAGCCAGUCUCAGUGGCUUUGCAGUCCUGCUUUCGGUGCUCCUGCUCAUUGGCUAUCGCUACUGCAGCAAGCGACGCAUUAACUCGAUGAACUUUGAGAAUCCCAUCUACCGCAAGACCACCACCACAGAGGAUCAUUUCAGUUUGCGUAAAAACCUGCCGGCACGGAUCUACGACCACACCAGUGUCAUGGAUGAGGAGUACUCACCCGUCAUAGGCAUAUCCUCGUACUAGAUUAAUUCCAUUGGAAUCGUGUAAGAAGUGGAUUGGAGGAUUAUUUUGCUUGGUCACUAGAAAAAGUUGAUGACCAAAGCUGACUCGAGACCCGUGGCAGAAAAACACACGCCUGAAGACUGAGCAACUCUGUGUAUUGUGUAAAUUAAUUAUUUUAAAAUUUUAAGGCACGGCAAGGACGGCGGGUCACCUUGAGGCGCAUCCUCAAAGGAUGCUGUACAAAAUACUAUGUCGCAGAGUUCUAUCACAAAAAAACAAAAACAAAAACGAAAAAAUUUAAAAGAAAACGAGAAGUUUAAGAAAAAUCUAAUUGCUAAUUAUAAAUUACAUAGUUCCAAACUGUAUAUAGCUGUAAGUGUGCAUUAUUUUUAAUGAAGCAAAUUAAUAUUACUAUACGUAAACAUGACGGAAAGAUCAUAAUGCUUAUGAUCGACUAUUAGUGCGAGUUGAGAUAUUAUAUUUCUGUUCUCGAGGAGCAGAAUCGUUUUAUUAUUACCAUUAUUACUACAUACGUAUUAGCCUUUUGUUAACUGUAUUUGUUAAGUGUACAUACAUAUGUAUAUGUUUCCCCACUAAAAGAAAUAUGAUGAAUAAUAAACUCAGAUUAUACUUAUGUGUAGCAUA